AUGGCUUACUUUAUGUUACAAAUCACUGGUCUAAUACUUGGAGGUAUCGGCAUGGUUGGGACUUUGGCAGCCACAUUUAUGCCGCAGUGGAGAGUUUCUGCCCACAUUGAUGCAAAUAUUGUGGUGUUUGAGACCAUCUGGGAAGGACUGUGGAUGGACUGUGUCAGUCAGCUGGGCAUCAGGCUGCAGUGCAAAUUCUAUGACUCUAUCCUGGCUCUUCCCCCACCCUUGGAGGCAUUCAGAGCCCUCAUGUGCACUGCAGCCGUCCUGUCAAUUAUUUCCUUUUUGUUGGCCAUUGUUGGUGUGAAGUACACUCGCAGGAACAAGCACAUCAGUAUCUUCAUAUUGGCAGCUGGACUUUCCUUCCUACUGACAGGUAUCCUUGUUCUGAUCCCCGUGUCCUGGAGUGGAAGUAACAUCAUUCGUGACUUCUAUGAUCCAAAAGUUCCUACACCACUGAAACGAGAGCUAGGAGCUGCUCUAUAUGUGGGAUGGGUGAGCAGUGCACUUCUCAUCAUUGCAGGAGCAAUCCAGUUCAGUGAGCCCAACAGCAUGUGUGUGCUGGUGCAGAGACUCUGUAUCAAAGCGACGUUGCUCUCCAAAGCACCUCCUUCAUAUGGGCCCUGCAUACCAGGACAACUUUUGCUGGUAAG